GUGACUGCAUCUGGGUAUGUAUAUAAUUUUUUGAUAGCGGUAGGGGGUGGCUAGCGAGAGUAUUGCAGAUCGGGGGCAGGGAAAGGUGUUUUUCGUCCAAUUCUAUGACCGUAUACAAACGCAUCCAGGGUUUGUUUCAUGUUUUUUUCCUCGCAAAAAGCUUGCCUGAGAACGCACCGAUUAGGAAAUUGGGUCGAUAAACACGGACACAACCGGACCUGCGCAGGGAAAGAACCUGAUACUAACAGUAGGUCUGUUGAUGCAGACUGCGACUUGAUUUUUGGCAGCAGUAGACACCUAGAUGACUUCUUCGACGGUUCUGGUGACCAGCAGCGAGACGAAAAAUGACAAGGAUGGCGCUAACGGCAGCACUCUGCCCCACAGUAAGAAGGAGAACCACACCCGUCACCUGUACCGAUAUCAGGCGACGAGAAUGGUCUCGAACUUAGACGAGGUGAGGACGUUUGUGGACCCGCUGGACGAAUCCAACGUGUUUGAUCCUGCGACGCUGUUCCACUACUGCAACUUGAUCCUCGAUCAAUACCCCAAUGAGAACGCAACGCUAGCCGUAUUUCAGGACGAUCUGAAUUAUGGCCCCCAGGGUGAGGACGUUGCAAUAUACUUCCACCCUUUCGAGUGGAAGGGUCAGUGGCAUCUGGCUAUUGGUUUCACCCAGUAUGAGAAAAUAUUGUUCGUUAACUGUUCGGACUACAGUCUCAGUGAAGAUAGCAGCCGAGCUGAGGAUUACCCUUCUUUUUCGGGCAAAACCUCCCUCAGGAUACAAGACUUCGUGGUGUUCUUCAAGCAGAAACUAUCGAUCAACUCUCUUCGGUACCCUAGACUUUACACAGACCUGUUCAAGCCAGCCACUGGAUCAAACGCUGUCAAUUUAUUAACCAUCAUAUUUGCAUUUUGUUUGGACCCUGUGUCCUUGACACGGAGCUUCUGUGACCCGCAGUUUUCUCCCACAAAAUUCGACAUUUCCGAUUUCCAUCCGAUAAUAGCCAGCAUUGAUGGAGAAUUUAGAGAAGAGUUGCAGCACACUAAUGAGUUAAAACAGAAGGAAAAGGAAAAGCUGGUGGCAAUAAAGAAGAAGGAGUCAGAACAUGCAAAGAACGUUGCAAAGGAGUUGAAGCAAAAGCAGAAGCGAGAAAGAGAAGAGAGAGAACGAGUAGAGAUGGAGGCGGAAAUCAAAGAAAGACAAAGAAUGGUCCAAGAACGAAUCAGGCUGGAAAAAGAAGACCGAGAGAAAAGAGCAAAGGAGCGAGACCAACAACAACAACAGCAUGAUUUACACGUAGCACCAAUACCUGUAGAGCACGAGGUGAAUGGCGAUGUUCAGACAAAGAUUGGAGACAGCCUGAGCACUAUCCAGCGAGAAAAAGUGAAGGAUGAAGAGCUUGAAACCAUAGUGAAAAGACAGAAAACAAGGUCAAGGUUGGGUAAAUCGAUAUCAGCUCCGAUUGAAAUCAACGAUUUAGAGGAUAGUGAUGACGCUAGUGAAGAAGAAAAACUACCAGUCAAGACCCAAGAUGUAUCCCGCAAGGAAACUGAAGAGACUUUGAGACAAAGGUUUCAACCGGUGUACGCCCUAGAAUUCAAAAAGCACAUUUUACAUUCGGAGUUGUUUGGCGACAUCACAAAGAUUGAUUUGAUGUAUAGUUUCAUACGCCAAUUUUCUUACGAUCCGCUGAUGAACGCUUUGUUAUACCGGGAUGGAUCUGCCGACAGAUCGAAAAAAAGCAUGUUUGAGCUUAGAAAAAGUCUUGUUGUGACAUAUAAGAGACGCAUGAAGCAGGAGUUUGAUGAGUCCAAAUUUGAAAAAAUCAUGGAGACAGACUCUCUUAACCAGAUCAUACCGUUGAUUUUUGAAAAUGGUAGCAUUUUUCUUGUUAACAUCAAAACCUCGGACAAGUUCAACUGCAUAGUCAAACUGAUCUGCAUAACGAACAGGCUAAACCGAUCCGAGAGAGAGAUCAUGAAAAACUACGCCUUCAGAAGGUUAAUCGAGAUGCAUGUUGCCAAAUAUAAUCGGCUAGUCCUUAAGAUCAGAACAUCGAUCAUUGCUGUAAAACAGUCUGAGUUUUACAAGGUUGCAAUGGCCUCAUUCUGCGUUUUGCAGCGCAUUCUAUGGAAGAACAAAUUCGAUCUUACAUACAAGCCGAAAGUCGAGAAUUUAGAAAGCUACAAUGUAUACUUCCAAAAGAUGAUGGAGGGCAUUGAAACGAGUGACAUGCUCGCAACAGAGUUGAAUCUGAAAAGAAUUGUAAAGUACAGCUUAGCAGGUUGAUUGAUCAGCCAGUGGAACUAGAAAGAAACUGUAGUCAAAAUGACGAUGUAGAAAUAAGUAACAAUAAAUUGUAUUAUUUUGUUGGUUUGCACCACCACCUAUAGAGUAUAAAGCAUAGAACUUAUAAUUUGAUGGAGAU